AAUAUAAUGGAGCGUGAGACUUCGUCAUCUUCAACUCCUCCGGAGGAUCUUGUUACAUCGAUGAUCGGAAAGUUCGUCGCUGUCAUGUCUAACAACGACAUACGAUACGAAGGCGUUAUUAGCCUUCUCAAUCUGCAAGAUUCGAAAUUAGGUCUCCAAAACGUCGUUAGGGUUUAUGGAAGAGAGGUUGAGAAUGAUAAUGAGCAACGAGUGUUCCAGGUUCUUAAAGAAGUUCACAGUCACAUGGUAUUUAGAGGAAGUGACAUUAAGUCAGUCGAAGUUCUCUCUCUGCCGCCACCAGCUAGGCAUAAUUCUGCUAUAGGGCACGUAGGUAGCUUGAUUACUACCGAAGACGUGAGGAUUGAGGGGGUUAUCAGCCAUGUUAAAUUUCAUGAUUCGAUGAUAUUCAUGAAGAAUUGUAUGUGUUAUGGUACUGAGGGGAGGACGAAGAGAAGACGUUCAAUAGUAGCUUGCAAUCAAUUAGCUGGUUCAAUCCACUUCAAAUUCAGAGACAUUAAAGCUCUCGAAAUCAUCUUUGUUCGGGAACUUCUACACAAUGAUGAUCGUGAGUUUGCUGAUCAGUUUCCUCUACUAAGUAGAUCACACAUUUGUCAUCGCCAAGGUGGCGUCUGAUAGUCUCAUGCCAAGGCACAGCCUCUUUCACAUGAUAAUUAGAGACGACGAGAGAAGAAGUAUUAGAGAGGCUGCUCCUUGAUUUGUGUAGAAU